UUUUGCUUCUUGUCCGUGACAGACAUCAACCUUAACUCUCCCAACAAAGGUCUCCUGUCCGACUCCAUGACCGACGUGCCCGUGGACAAUCCCAGUGCCGCCGCCAUGGCUGCUCCAUCAAGGACCUUGCCCUACAACGGUCUCACCGAAGCCGAGGAAGAAGAACUUCGGGCAGAGCUGGCCAAGGUGGAAGAUGAGAUUGGCACCUUGCGCCAGGUGUUGGCGGCCAAGGAGAGGCACUGCGGAGAGCUGAAAAGGAAGCUGGGCUUGACUCCCUUGGAUGACCUGAAGCAAAACCUCUCCAAGAGUUGGCACGAUGUCCAGGUCUCUAACGCCUAUAUGAAAACCUCUGAGAAACUCGGAGAGUGGAAUGAAAAGGUCACGCAGUCGGAUUUAUAUGUUUCGGCCAGCAAUACUCUGGAGGACUGGAAUGACAAAUUAACACAGUCAGAAGCGUGA